AUGGUUCAAGAGAAAACCGGCUUGAGCAAAGUUGAAUUUUUCGUUUCCGGAGUCAUCAGUGGCUUUGUUGCUAGAGCUACGGUGCAACCACUUGACGUUUUAAAAACACGUUUUCAGCUACAAAUGGAGCCCAUUAAAGUUUCCACUGCAAGCAAGUAUCAAGGUCUUAUGCAAGCUGUCAAGUGUAUUUAUAGAGAAGAAGGUGUCUCAGCCUUUUGGAAGGGUCAUCUCUCUGCACAAAUGCAAUCAGUGAUGUUCACCAGUACUCAAUUUCUCUCCUUUGAAGUAUUGUCAUCGUGGUUGCAAGAAAUCAACAGUGUUACUAUAUCGAAUGACAAAACUUCCAGUUUGUCUGUGACUUACAAACAUGUAAGUAAUUUUGUAUGCGGUUGUGGAGCGGGAGCUGUAGCAACUGCUUUUAGUCAGCCCUUUGAUCUUUUGCGCACUCGUUUCAUAGCUCAAGGAGAACCGAAAAUAUAUAAAAGUCUUUCACAUGCUGCUGUUUGUAUAAUAACCCGUGAAGGUCCUCAAGGAUUUUUUCGUGGACUUGUUCCUUCUCUUCUACUACUCACUCCACAAACUGGAAUGCAUUUUGCAAUAUAUCAUGCAUUUAAUCAAACGGUUGAUCUUUUAAGAGACCAUUUAAAUCCCGAUAAGUCAUCACAAGUCCACGGUGUUUCUCAUCCAGUUGGUGCUAUUCAAAGUUUUGUCGCUGGUGGAAUUGCAGGAGUAGGUGCUAAAUGUGUAAUAUAUCCAUUAGACAUGGCCAGAAGUCGUAUGCAAGUACGGGGCUUCGAAGAAGCACGUGCUCAAUUUGGCCAGGUUCCAAAGAUACAAGGCAGUUUGUAUAAGUGUUUAGCUGAAAUAUGGAAAGUUGAAGGUGCUGCAGCAGUUUUCAAAGGCUUGAAAGCUACCCUACUUAAAUCUUUUGUUUCUAUAUCUUGUAGAUUUGCAGUAUAUGAACAAGUUUGCAAACUUCUUUUAUACUACAAUCAUGCAUAG